ACAGCGAUUCCAUAUCCACCGGAGUUUGCUUUAGGUGUGGUAUGGGCUGUUUUAGUUUAGUGAAUCAUAGCAAAAGUACCGAAUAAGACAACGUUUAUUAGUGUUUAGGCAACAAAUAAUUAAUAAUUCAUAGACAAUGGAUAGUCAGGGGAGGAAAGUAAUAGUGUGUGAUAACGGCACCGGCUUUGUGAAGUGCGGAUAUGCCGGCAGCAAUUUCCCAGCACACAUCUUCCCGUCAAUGGUGGGCAGACCCAUCAUUAGGGCUGUGAACAAAAUUGGAGACAUUGAAGUCAAAGGAGUGGCAAGUACGCUUCCUGACUUGAUGGUUGGUGAUGAAGCUUCAGCUUUAAGAUCGCUCCUAGAAGUGAAUUAUCCUAUGGAGAAUGGCGUCGUACGGAAUUGGGAUGAUAUGGGUCACGUUUGGGAUUAUACGUUUGGUCCCAAGAAGAUGGACUUAGUUCCUAGUGAAACAAAAAUUUUAUUAACGGAACCACCAAUGAAUCCAGUCAAAAAUCGAGAGAGGAUGAUUGAAGUCAUGUUUGAAACGUACGGAUUCGCCGGAAGUUACAUUGCAAUACAAGCAGUGCUUACAUUAUAUGCACAGGGUUUAUUAUCUGGUGUUGUGGUGGAUUCCGGCGAUGGUGUAACUCACAUUUGCCCCGUAUAUGAAGAAUACGCCUUGCCACAUUUGACACGCCGCUUGGACAUCGCCGGCCGCGAUAUCACACGUUACCUAAUUAAGUUACUAUUGCUCAGAGGCUACGCCUUCAACCACUCCGCCGAUUUCGAGACUGUGCGCAUGAUGAAAGAAAAGCUGUGCUACAUCGGCUACGAUAUCGAGACUGAACAGCGGCUGGCACUACAGACGACUGUCCUCGUCGAGCCAUACACAUUACCCGACGGUAGAGUCAUCAAAGUAGGCGGUGAGCGAUUCGAAGCGCCUGAGGCGCUAUUCCAACCGCAUCUGAUCAACGUCGAAGGGCAGGGUAUUGCCGAGCUUGUAUUUUCAACAAUUCAAGCUGCAGAUAUUGAUAUGCGAUCAGAACUUUACAAACACAUUGUGCUAUCGGGUGGAUCAACGAUGUAUCCAGGUUUACCAUCGCGUUUGGAGCGCGAAAUUAAACAAUUAUAUCUGGAGCGUGUGCUUAAGAACGAUAUUGAUAAACUGAACAAGUUUAAAAUUCGAAUUGAGGACCCACCGAGACGUAAAGACAUGGUUUUCAUCGGCGGUGCUGUACUGGCCGAGGUGAUGAAGGACCGCGACGAGUUCUGGCUGUGGAAGCACGAGUACGAAGAGCAGGGCAUUAAUGUGCUCAAGAAGCUGAGCACGCGAGCCGGCUGAUAGUAAGUUUCGUAUUCGUACUCGGUUUGUAUUCACACGACAGUCAGACUCGCCGCGCUUCGGAUUUACAAUUUAAUUAUGUUCACACACAAAUCGUGCAAGACCUAUUUUUUACAUGCUGCAUUUGUAUUAUUCUACCUAUGUCAACACAUUUAAGUUUUAAGAUCGUAUCCUGAUUAUCCUGUUUUAUUAAUUAUUUUAUUACCUCAAAGACAACUUAUUUAUAUACACGCCGUGGAAAUAAUUACGUUUUUUGGUUGACUUUGUAACAAAUUCACACAGAAACACACACGCAAAGAACUUGUCAAUAUUAAUGAAUUAACGUGCGCACGCGCAAUUGAGAAACAAUUGAAAAUUUUUGUAUAAAAGUAUCGUUUGUGUAAUUGUAUUAUAGGAAAUAUUAAUUUUUAUUUUUACGAAUUUACAAGUUCUACAUAAAUAAUUCUAGCUGCUGUAGGUGGUGACAUUCCAGUUUGCAGUUGCGAUAAAUUAAAUUUAAUAACUGAUCAUUUUGAAUUGUUUUUAUACCCAUUGUAGAAUAUUUUACUUUGAAUGUAAAGCGUUUUGUUUAGAAUUGAAGACAGAUAGUAUUUAUUAUUCAACAAUAAAUAUAAAGAAAUUAAACUUUA